GGCCGGGGUGGGCGCUGCCAAGCGCCUCUGAGCCGUCCCUGCCUGCUCCCCGUCCAUGGGAGAGGAACAAAGGCGAUGCGCCCAGCCAGGCCCGCUCCCGUCGCACGCCUCUCCUGGGACAUGUGAGUGCCGCCGGCCGCGGGCGCUGUCACCGCGGGGGGAGCGGAGGGGGGCUCUGCGCCGGGGUCGCCCUUCGGGGUGCGGCUGGGGGCGGCGCUGGGUCUCCCCAUCCUCUUACCCGGACGGGAGAGCGGAGCGACGGCGGGCGGGGGACCCCGCGGCCGCCUCGGGGACGCGGUGAGCGCGGAGAGAGCGGAGCUCGGGCAGAGGGGCUGAGAUGCCGGACGGCCCCGUGGGGACGGGAGGUGACGGCCACGGCCGGGGGCUGCCGCCCCGUCCUCCUCCCGGCUGCGGAGGGAGGAAUGCGCGGAGGAAUUAAUGAGACAGAUCUGGCUUUGUUGCCGGCCCCAUCCUCCUAUCUCCCGGCCCUGCCAAGAAAUCCUUUGGGAAGCAGAGUGCCCUUAACCCCUUCCCCGCCGCGCCGUGGGGCUCCGCUGCGCCCCGGCCCCGGUCUGGAUCCAUGUAUGGCACCGCGGGCGGAGCGGGCGGAUUCACCGCUCGUCGUGGCCGCGGUGACCCGAGCGGGGCUGUGCCGCAGCUGCGGACGGCGGGGCCGGGGGGGGGGGGGGGGACGCGGCUCCGGGCUCCUUGCGGGGGGAGCCCCGCAGAGACCCUCACGUAGGGCGGAGCUGCGACCCCCCCCCAGCGGCUGUGGGUUUGGGUCCGUGUUUGGGGCCGCGUCACCGCUGCGGGGCUGCGGGGCCUCUGCUUUGCGGGGCUGUAGGGCCGCUCCCACCGCCCGGCCCCAGGCCCCGCUCUUAGGGCUAUUUAUAGGGCCGCCGCUUAUAUCUGUGCUAUUUCUGCCCCGCGUGGGGACGGCGCAAGGAAGUGACGAGAGGGCUGCGGCCCAACCCGACGGGGACGACUCGGGCACCCGCGCUGUCACCUCCCGCCCCAUCCCGGCUGCCCCCCGUGCCGUCUCCUUGCGUGCCGUGGGCCCCCCUUGCCUGGGGCUGCCGGGGGGGACGGCCUGAAAUGGCUCCCCGGUCACCUCUGUCUCACUGGGGGCAGGUGGCCACGGAGAUGGUGGCCUCGGAGGUGGCCUCUAUGGCACCUCGUAGUGGUGCUGGGGACAGCGGCGCGGGGACAGCGGCAGUGCUCGGCGCUGCCUCCAGCUGCUCCCAGUCCAUCCACACUGGGAUGCAGUGGUUGGGCUGCGGGAGGCUCAGACCAAGCAGAUGAUGGGGACGGCACCCAUGUGGGAUGGGGACACCACAGAGAUGGGAUGGGGACACCACAUAGAUGAGAUGGGGAUACCAUGUAGAUGGGAUGGGACACCACAGAGAUAGGAUGGGGACACCACCGAGAUGGGAUGGGGACACCACGUAGAUGGGAUGGGGACACCACGUAGAUGGGAUGGGGACACCACAUAAAUGGGAUGGGACAUCACCCAUGUGGGAUGGGGAUGCCACAUAGAUGGGAUGGGACACCACAGAGAUGGGAUGGGGACACCACGUAGAUGGGAUGGGACACCACAGAGAUAGGAUGGGGACACCACAGAGAUGGGAUGGGGACACCAUAGAGAUGGGAUGGGGACACCUCAUUGAUGGGAUGGGGACACCACAUAGAUGAGAUGGGGAUACCACGUAGAUGGGAUGGGACAUCACCCAUGUGGGAUGGGGACGCCACAUAGAUGGGAUGGGACACCACAGAGAUGGGAUGGGGACGUCACAGAGAUGGGAUGGGGACACCGCAUUGAUGGGAUGGGACACCACACAGAUGGGAUGCCAUCCCCACAUCCCUCGGAGCCUUUUGGCAGCCUCCCGUUGCGCAGUGCCCUCGCUGCCCACCACCGGGCAGCCCUCGUUAAGCUUUAAUGAGGACAAAUGAGCUGGCAUGGGCCACGGCUGCAGGCGCGCUGCCUGGGCGUGUGCCGGGCACCAGCGUGGGGCGGCUGCCAGCGGGAUGCUGGCAUCGCAGUGCCAGCAAUGGGAGCUCAGCAGCUCCGUUGGGAUGAAGGAGAAGGGCGACGUCUCCGUGCUGGGCAGCCGGCUCCGCUCCCUGCUGGUGUCACCGGGGCGGGGGGUGACACGGCACUCCUGCUGCCAGCUCCCUGCCGUGGUGCACUGAGCACCAGGGUGUUGCCCCCAGGUUGGUGCCGGGGUUGAUGCUGCCCAGGGCCGCCUCCUUGCGGCGCAGCGAUGGCAUCCGGGGGUUGUAACAGCCCUCCGAGGCUCUGCCCUGGUGCUCUUCAUCCUGAACCUUGCCUGACCUCCCUCUAAAAGCAGCAGCAAACAGGAAGGGAGCCGGGAGGGAGGCGUCUCUUCCUGCGGCGCUGACGGCAGCCCUUCCCAGCCGGGAUGGGGCCGUGCCGCUGCAGCCUCCUCCUUGGGAGCCACGGCUGUGGUCAGGCAAAGGGCAGGACCCGAAGUUCACAUCUGUGCCGCAGAUGGGCCCCGGGGUCCCACGGCCCCGCAGGGACGUGGGUUCGCACUGCCCUUAUCGGCUGGGAAUUGCUCUGCUGAGGGCUUUUCCCCGUCCUUGUACCUCGUCCAGCCCCUCGGGGAUGUGGAAACACGUGGGCUGCCCUCACGCCCCACUGGUUUUAAUGCCAAAUUCCUAUGGUGUGCGAGGAACACGGCGCUGUUCCCGGUGCCACCGCCGUGCCCUUGGGUUCCCACGUGGGAAUGGCACCCGGCAGCCUUGCAGCGCCCUGCACAGAGCCACAGCUGAAGGCGGCUUCUCCGCGGCACAGCCUGGGAGGCUCAGGGCUGGCAAAUCCUCUGCAUGCCCAGUGGGAUGCCCACAGCAAACCCCAGGCGGGGUUCGUAACUAAACCAAACUAAGCUGGGAGAGGAGAGAGCAGCAGCGACGUGAGCUCUGUCCGGUUGUGCCGUGCUUAUCAAAGGGGCCCCUUCCCUGCGCAGGGGACGGACAAAUGGACGGAUGGACGGACGUCCUCCCUUCCCCGGCCCUUGAGGCACGCGGUGGGCAGUGCCUUCAGCCCGUGGGCAGGGGAAGCGUGGGAGGGGACAGCCAGCACGGAGCCCCCCCCGCCGGCCCUGCAGCAUGAGAGCCCGCUGGGCCCCUCCGCUCCCCGCUGCGCCCCGCCAUGAACGACAAGCAGAGAGGGAGGCCCUCCAGGUCGCACUCAACGAUGUCGCUGUCUGCGCGGCCGCAGCGCCGAGUCCUCGUGGCCAAGAUCAAUAGGAGCCAGUCGUUCGCCGGGGUGAACUCGACCGCAGAGCGGCCCUUCAGCAGGAACCUCUCGCCCUUCACGCCCACCGUCUCCCGCAAGACUGGCUCCAGGGUCAGUAGGAUGUUCUCAAUGUCCCACAAAUCCCCCCCACCCAAGGUGCCUCAGCCCAACCGCCUGGAUGAGGUGUACGAAGCGCUCAAGAAGGGCCUGACGGCCUACCUGGAGGUCCACCAGUUGGAACUGGAGAAGCUCAGCACCCAGAUCCGUGAGUCCAAGAGGAAUUCGCGCCUGGGCUUUCUCUACGAUCUGGAUAAGCAAGUGAAGUCAAUCGAGCGCUUCCUGCGUCGCCUGGAGUUUCAUGCCAGCAAGAUCGACGAGCUGUAUGAAGCCUACUGCAUCCAACGGCGGCUCCGCGAUGGGGCCCACAAUAUGGUCAAAGCCUACAGCACGGGCUCGCCGGGCAGCCGAGAGGCACGUGAGAGCCUGGCUGAGGCCAGCAAGGGCUACAAGGAGUACACGGAGAACAUGUGCCUGCUGGAGAGCGAGCUGGAGAGCCAGCUGGGAGAGUUCCAUGUCCGGAUGAAAGGGCUGGCAGGUUUCGCCCGGCUCUGCGCUGGUGAUCAGUAUGAGAUCUUCAUGAAGUACGGGCGGCAGCGGUGGAAGCUGCGGGGGCGCAUCGAGGUGAACAGCAAGCAGGUGUGGGACAGCGAGGAGAUGGUUUUCUUGCCUCUCAUCACCGAGUUCCUCUCCAUCAAGGUGACGGAGUUAAAGAGCCUUGCCAACCACGUGGUGGUGGGCAACGUGUCCUGUGAGACCAAGGACCUCUUUGCAGCUCUCCCCCAGGUUGUGGCGGUGGAUAUCAACGACCUGGGUACCCUCAAACUCAGCCUGGAGGUGACCUGGAACCCCUUCGACAAGGAUGACCAGCCCUCGGCAGCCAGCACCGUCAACAAGGCCUCCACAGUGAACAAACGCUUCUCCACCUAUAACCAGAGCCCACCCGAUACGCCGUCCCUGCGGGAGCAGGCCUUCUAUAGCCCAGUGCGGGCAGCCGACAAGCACGGUUGGUCCUUGUUGGACAUCUUUCGGGAGACACUCUUGGAGAAGCUGUCUCGGAGCUGCUCUUGCAGCGACGUCUCCUCGGUCGAGCUCGGGAGAUGGCCGCAGCCGGGCCGCAACAUGCUGCGGCGUCAGGAGGAGCUGGAGAACGGCACAGCUUGGUCCAUCUCCUCUGAGUCGUCGGAUGACUCCUCCAGCCCCCAGCUGUCCAGCAGCACCCGCCACGCCGCCCACAAGCCCAUCGUGCAGCCCGAGGUGCAGGCCUCGGCCCCCGCCAUCGAGAUCUCCUUCUCACAGCAGCAGGAGGAGACAGGGGCUGGCGGUGGCAUCCCCGCUGGGACGGAUCUGCCUGGGCCCCCAGAAGAGCAGGACGGCCGCAGGAAGGAUGCGGUGGCCAACGGGCACGUGCCCUACACCCGGACUCUCAGCCACAUCAGUGAAGCCAGUGUGGAUGCGAGCAUGGAGGCCAAGGCUACGGAAAGCCCAUGGGAGCCCUCUCCCAGCCUGGAGGAACACGAUGUGGGCAAGCUGGACGAUGACUCCCUCCCUGGUGCCUCGAAUUCGGUGCCAGAGACCUGGGCAGGGAAGGACAGUGGCCCUGAGGCCAAGCCACGUGCCAUGGUGGCAUGGGCUGCAACCUGUGAGGUAGAGGCUGAGGCAGCGGCAAGCCAUGCAGCAGCGCAGGACGUUUGUGGAAGUGAAGCCCCCACGCCGGCCGUGGUGUUGGCACAGGCCCCUGCAGAGGAGGGGCACGUCCCAGCCCCACACCUGGCCACCAGCCCACCAGCGGUCCCACGGGUGAAGGCCGUGGACUCGGGGCUGGAGGAGGCCAUCAGCCUCCUGGCCUCGGCCCUGGAUGACUAUCGGGGACAGUUCCCAGAGCUGCAGCCCCUGGAACGGGAGCUCAAACACCUGGAGGAGAUCCUGCUGCACAAGCAGGGUGUGUUCCUCAGCCGGGCCUCCAGCAUCAGCCUCACAGUGGAGCACGCCCUGGAGAGCUUCAGCUUCCUCAACACCUCCGACAUGGAGGACUCGGAGGGCUCCGAGGAAGAGGCUCUGCAGGAUGAGAGGAGGGCCAGCAGAGCACGGCGUGGAAGCAGGGCUGCCAGCGCUGGUGAGGUGGGAGCGGAUGACACUGGAACGUGCAGCGGCUCUGAGGGCAGCGCGGACCCCAUGAGCACCGGCAAUGAGUUCCUGGAUAAGGCCCUGGUGCUUCACCUCCACAACUGCAACCACCUGCUGCUGAACCUGGGCACCUUUGGGCCUCUGAGGUGCCGGGAGAUGUUCGCCCUGGACAGGCUGCUGCGGGAGGCGCAGGUGCUGGAGAUCGUGUGCCAACUGAUGGAGGAGCGGUCGGAAGCAGCGGGCUCUGCUGCCGGAGUGGUGCAGUUCUCAACACGGAAAGAAGGGGUGCUGCCCCUUUGGGACCACUGCGUGGAGCUGCCCAACAUCUACACCUGCCCCGUGGAGCGGUUCCUGCAGGUGCUCAGUGCGCAGUACGCAGCACCCAUCAGUGAGCGGCACCCAGGACUGGCUGAUGCAGUAUGUGUGAAGCUGGUGGAAGAUGUGCUGAACCGGCGGCUGCCACGGCGACCCGGUGGCACCCAGGGUGAGCAGGUCACCAUCUUCCAGUACUGGAGCCACUUCGAGGCCCUCGGUGCCCUGGUGCUCGACACCUACGUGAUGGAGCUGGCAGAGGAAGUGCUGCUGGCGCAGAACCUCAACUCAGACGACCAGGACGUGGUGCUGCGGGCACUGAAGCGUGUGCCCGAGGGCCGCCUGAAGAAGGAAGGGCUGAAGGCGCUCAGUUUGCUGCUCGUGGAAGGAAACAGCAAGGUGGUGAGCGCCGUGUCGGCACAGCUCCGCAGCCUGGCGGAAAACCCCCGCUUCCGCCAACGGGCCCUCGUGUGCUUCCUGGGACAGCUGGAGGAUGAGGAGGUGCAGACACGCGUGGCCGGCUGCGUGGCGCUGGGCUGCCUCAAGGCCAAGGAGAGCAUCGAGCAGCUGGUUUACCUGUGCCAAACCGACAAGGAGCCUGUGCGGGAGGCAGCCAAGCAGAGCCUGAUGCUGUGUGGGGAAGAUGGCAAAUCAGCGCACCGGCGACUGGAGGAGACCCUGGACAGCCUCCCGCGGAUCUUUGCACCAGCCAGCAUGGCCAGCACAGCUUUCUGAGAAGCCACACAGAGCCACCCGCUACCCCUUGAGGACAAAGGCACUGCUGAGCUGCACGUGGGCUCGCAAAGACUGGGCCCAGCCAACGGCCCUGCUCACAGCAGCACUGCAGCAUCACCCCCGCCGGCAGCUCGCCGCGGCCGCACACUGCCUUACGGAGCACCGCUUCCCCUGCCCCCAGCACCAGCCAUGCGGGGUGCCACGCACGCACCCACCCCUGGGCGAGGAGGGGCUCGCUGCACACCCCACCCUUCGACUGCUAUUGAAAACACACAGGGAAGCCACCCUUCGUGCUACAGCUGCUGGGAUGGGAGCGGCAGGGAGACGCACCGGAUUCCUCCGCCUCUUGCCUUCCUGCUGCUCGGGCCGCGUGCCCUUUCCUGGAAGGACCCACACUUUGGAAGCGAUGCUGUUUCUUUCCAGAAGUCGCCUGGGCUGGGAGGGAACCGCUGCCCUUUUGCCACCUGGAAGUCCGCAGGACUUAAAUAAAAUGAGAUAUGAGAUAUAUUAAUAUAUUCUGCUGGCAUUUCUUCUUUCCAGCUCCGCAUGCUCCUGUCCCUCCCCGGCGGUGGGGCGCAGUGAGGCACAGCCCCAGCCCAGAGCCCUUCCCCUCUGCGGGGGAGUGCUGUGGAGGGCAGGGGCAGGAGGAGCGACAGAGGGACGGACAGACGGACACUGCCACCUUUUCCUUUCCUUGUUGUUUAUUUUAUUUUUUAUUUACAGAUUUCUUUUUUUUUUUUUUUUUGCAGAAAAAAAGCGACAAAUUCUUUUCUAUAAUGUCUCUAUAAAUCUAUAUAUAAUGUAAUUACAGAGAAUGACUAAUUUUGAUUUUAAACCAGAAAUAAAAGUAAACCUUUAAUGAG